CAGAGUGAACAGUGCCGUUGUUGAGCAAGGUACCGACAGUGCGCCUUAGUGUUUAUAUAUUUCUAAAACCUUCGGGUUUAACAUUGCAAACCUGGAUUACAAUUCCACAAAAACGUCUUCCCCAACACCCUCAGAAAUGUCUGGCGGCAGCAAGAGUGCCAGCUUCCACCGCGUGAAAACGUUUGAGCUGCCGAGACUCGAGAUGGACCGCCAAUUCUCCGAGGUGAAGCUCCUGGCGGAGGGAUGGUACGCUAAAGUCUACUCGGCCAAACACCUCGAUUCGGACAGCAACGUCGUCCUCAAGUGUGUCCAGAAAGAGACGACGAAAAAGAACGAUUUCUUCCGCGAGUUCCACUACAACUACUACCUUAGUCCGCAUCCCAACAUAGUCAACAGCUUCGACGUUGCCUUCAGUACAAGUACCUCAUACGUGUUCGCUCAAGAACUCGCUCCCGACGGUGAUCUGUCGCAGUUCGUGAGGAAGGGAGGCCUGGGAGAAGUGAGAGCGAAACGAGUCGCCGAACAGAUUGCCUUUGCCUUAGAAUUCGUACACAGCAAAGAUUUGGUCCAUCGGGACAUUCGGUUGGAGAAUAUUUUUGUAUUUGACAAAGAUCUCACGAGAGUCAAAAUCGGAGAUUUCGGCAAUACGCAGCGUGUGGGCACCCUGGUCAAGAAAGCCAAUGUCCGAGUGCCGUGGGCGCCGCCAGAGGUCAGCCAGGCUGUCUAUAAUGAGGGGUAUGAGGCUGAAACCUCGCUGGACGCCUGGCAACUGGGAAUCCUAAUCUUCGUUUGCUUAACGGGGUCCUACCCCUGGUAUUCCGCCGAUAUUACCGACCGCCAUUACAACUCUUGGGUAGCUUGGCUCAAAAGGAAAACUACAAAGAUUCCACGACGCUUUAAGUGUUUCACGCCACGCCUUCUGCGCCUUCUGCGACGCCUUCUUGAACCCAAAUCCGAGAAGCGCGCUGGUGUAAGGGAAGUCUAUAAAUAUGUGUCUGAUCCUUGGCUUGUGAAAGGAAUGGAUCCUUUAGAUAUUGCCUUUGACGAAAGCUCUUCGGAGAUCUUCGUUACGAGUACCAAACCUCUUUAUGAAUGUGCUGAGAAGAAGAAGUUGGUGGAACUCCUUAGAUCUUACGGGAUUCAAACAACCGUUGACAAGAAGGAAACAACUAAGAGGAUUUGUGAAUGGCUUCUCAAUUCAUCUUCUGCGACUCAUCGGGGCAUGUAACAUCAGAGAGGGAGUUCUGCUCCCGACCUAUGUGUGCCUAGCCAUGCUGAGGGCGCUCGUGAAGUUCGACCCAAAAGAAAGUAAACUUCUCGUUUUGCAGCCGAAGAUGAAUUACUUCGGCUGCUUUUGUGUGCCAAAGAUGUAGGCUUAAGUCGGUAAAAGACAAAGUCUCGAGUCGCCGGACGGAGACAGUUUCUUGCUCCAUGAACUGUGAUAAUAAUUCAUUGAAUUUUGUUUACCUGGGAACAAUAACAUGUCUGUAUACGACAAUUCUUGAUGAUAAUAUCUUUAGCAGCAGCUAAUCCAUACAUUUCAAGAGUCGACACAUCAUGAAAUCCUGUUGAUCCUAGAUGUAGAAUGAGCUGUGCUUGUAAAUCAUUUCAACAGUCGCCAGGUAUUAUCACUGAAAUAUUCAUUCUUUGUAUCAAAGAUGUAAGUGAACUGUACUGAAAUGUAUUUUGCUAGUUUAUUAGUGACUAUGAAAUAUUUUAUACAUAUUAUUUUUCAAGCUUGUUACGGUUGCUAGAUCUAGUCUUCCAGGGAUGUAGUUCUUUAUUAUUAGAGAACAGCUGUCAAGUACUGUCACAUUCCUUCCGCUAUGGGAUCGAUGUUUCAGAGAUACUGAUCAAAGAGGAGAUCCAGAGUAUAUCUUGAUCACACAGGAGAUCCUGAGUAUAUCUUGUUAUCCAGAUUUCAUUCAUAAAAGAUUUCCCUGUCGUUCAUUGCAUGCGUAUCUGUAAACUUUUGUGCUGAAUUUAGAUUCCUUGAAAACCAAUACUUUACAAAGCACCAGUUUCGACUUCGAAUUCAUUAAUGACAUUUCACAAUGAAGCUUCUUCAAUCAUCUUAACGAGUUUAAUGAAGAAACAAAGAUGGAAAUGAAAGGUGUUCCUUUAGAAUUUAAUACACUUGAUGGCUAGAUAUAUUUUGUACCGUCAACCAUAGGGUUUGUAAUUCAAGUCAGCUUUUGUCUCUUAGAAAAACCUAAGACUUGAUUUAGGUAAGAUUUCUUGAUAAUAUUAAGACAUAUCCAAAGAAUCACAUAUGGUAACUACUCUAAGCUUUGUAAAAUUUACUUCAUUUCUUCCCUUUAGGCUUAACAUUUACAAUUAAGCUCAAGUGUUAAUUCAGGAAUUCUGGUUGCUGAUAUUAUACGCUUGGAAGUUUGUUGAAAAGGAAAAGAAAAAAACAGUAUCUCAAAGCUAGGUUUUAUAUAUUCGUAAUUAGAAUAAACAUGAGAAUCAAAAUAAAGAAAUU